AUGGCCCAACGUGUUACUUUCAGAAGAAGAAAUCCAUACAACACCAAGUCCAACAAGAUCAAGGUUGUUAAGACCCCUGGUGGUGUCUUGCGUGCUCAGCACGUCAAGAAGUUGGCUUCCAGACCAAAGUGUGGUGACUGUGGUAUCGCUUUGCCAGGUAUCUCCACUUUGAGACCAAGACAAUACGCUUCUAUCUCCAAGACCCACAAGACUGUUUCCAGAGCUUACGGUGGUUCCAGAUGUGCUAACUGUGUUAAGGAAAGAGUUAUCAGAGCUUUCUUGAUUGAAGAACAAAAGAUUGUUAAGAAGGUCGUUAAGGAACAAGCUGAAGCUGCCAAGAAGGCUGAAAAGAAGCAAACCAAGAAGAAGGGUAAGAAGAACUAA